AUGAUUUUCUUGGUUGCAACUUCUUUGGGUGGUAGAGACAUUGCUUACUCUUCGUUUACAUUCAUUGGAUUGUCCCUUGGAUCUUUGGCUUUGUUGGGAGGUUUUAUUAUUGUUGAAUUGUACGUUUCUCAAGAACCAAUUUUACCAAUCGAAUUGUUUGCCAACAGAACCGUGUUAGCAUCUUCUUUGGCAAACUGGUUUUAUACAAUGGCUGUAAUGACUACAUUGUUUUAUGUUCCAAUUUACUACAGUUCAGUUAUUGGUUUGACUGCUACAGAAAACGGUACAAGAUUGAUUCCAAAUUUCUUUGGUGUUUCCUUUGGAUCUGUUGGUGCAGGAAUUUAUAUGAAAAAAACUGGUCGUUACUACAAGUUGGCCGUUGGUGCAGGUAUUUUGGCAGUAUUAGGUUGUUUUAAGAUUUACAUUAUAACCCCACAAAUUCCAGUUUGGCAACAAUUUUUGUUAUUGAUUCCAUCUGGUUUAGGGUAUUCAUGUAUAUUGACAGUCACAUUACUUGCUUUGAUUGCAGCUGCUCCUUUAAAAUACCAAGCAUGUACCACAUCUAUUCAGUAUACUUUUAGAUCAACCGGGUCUACAUUAGGUGUUUCUGCUGCUACAGCAGUUUUCCAAAAUAUUUUACUCCAUAAAUUGACUUCAAGAAUCAACAGUUUGAUUUCUGAUCCUAAAGAAGCUUCUAAAAUUAUUAAAAAAGCGUUGGAUAACACUGAAUAUGCUAAAGAAGCACCAAAAAUUGUUGGCGACGCCAUUAAGGCAUCAUAUGCAGAUGGAUGUAAAGGGGCUUUUAUGUUUGCUCUUAUCACCAUUGCACUUGGAGCUAUUUCAGCACUCUUUAUGAGAGAACAUAAAUUACAUACAAGUAUCAAUAGAGAUUAA